AUGAGUCCUCCUCAGAUCGUUUCGGUUCCCUCGAAUACCAUUGACCCCGAGAAUGUGAAGGAGAAAGGUCUGCCGGCAGACCAGGCAUCCAUUGGUAUGGACGAGAAGAAGCUGGAAACGCCUCCCUACAUGCAAGAUGCCUUUGGUGACGAGGAAUUCGCGGAGGUCAAGUACAAGGUCUUGAAGUGGUGGCAAUGUGGCCUGCUCAUGGUAGCCGAAACGGUUUCCCUAGGUGUUCUGUCGUUGCCUGCCGCGGUUGCCGGGCUGGGUCUAGUUCCCGCCGUCAUUAUCCUGAUUGGACUGGGUAUUUUGGCAACAUAUACCGGAUACGUGAUCGGCCAAUUCAAAUGGAGAUACCCCCAUAUCUCAAACAUGGCCGACGCUGGGGAAGUGCUCGCUGGAAAGUUUGGACGCGAGCUGCUAGGCAUUGGCCAAAUGCUCUUCCUGGUGUUCAUCAUGGCCAGUCACCUACUUACCUUCACCAUUGCCAUGAACAAGAUCACCAACCAUGGAACGUGCUCGAUUGUGUUCGGCGUGGUUGGCAUGAUCGUUUCAUUUAUUUGCUCUCUGCCUCGUACCUUGGCGAAGAUGUCGUGGCUGUCAUUAGUUUCAUUCAUCAGCAUCCUCUCUGCCGUUUUCAUUGCCAUGAUUGGCGUAGGCAUCUUACAUCCUGGAGAUCGAGUUGAUGCCGUCGUCGAUACCAAUCUCUAUAACGGGUUUACCGCCGUGACUAAUAUUGUGUUUGCUUUCUCCGGUCACGCUGCCUUUUUCGGUCUCGCCGCAGAGCUGAAGGAUCCCCGUGACUUCCCCAAAGCCUUGUGUCUCCUGCAGGGCGUUGAUCUCUGCCUUUACCUGAUCGCAGCCGUUGUCAUCUAUCGUUUCGGCGGUGCCGACGUUGCCUCUCCUGCCUUGGGCUCCGCCAGCCCCGUUGUGACCAAAGUGGCCUACGGCAUCGCCUUGCCUACCAUCAUCAUCGCCGGCGUCAUUAACGGCCACAUCGCCUUUAAAUACGUCUACAUCCGCAUCUUCCGCGGCACCGACCGCAUGCACAAGCGCGACUGGCUCGCCAUCAGCUCCUGGGUCGGCAUCGGGCUCUUCCUCUGGAUCCUCGCCUGGAUCAUUGCCGAGGCGAUCCCCGUCUUCAGCAACCUGCUCAGUUUGAUCACGGCCCUGUUCGCCUCCUGGUUCACCUACGGCCUCAGCGGCAUGUUCUGGCUCUACAUGAACAAGGGGAUUUGGUUCUCCUCGCCGAGGAAGAUCGCCUUAACUUUUCUGAAUAUCUUCAAUGUUGCCGUCGGUGCUUGUCUGUGCGGUCUCGGCCUUUAUGUUUCCGGAAAAGCCAUACAUGAUAAUCCUAGUAGUGCCAGCUUUUCGUGUGCCGAUAACUCCUAGCGAGUGUCCGGCAUACUAGUCCCUAUAUAUAAACCCAGUCUGAGGUGUCCACGCCCUCCAAGCCGUUCACCUUAUGUAUAUACGAAGAAUAUAUGAACCUG